GAUGCGAACCGGAAGUAAUACCAGUUUGUCAGAUGGAAAAAAAUUAGUUAGUGGAUCAAUUUCUUCUUCAAUUACCGUAACUCAAUCAUUGAAUGAAGUUACGCCUUCUCCUCCCCAGACUGGAUCUCCUACUUUCUCUAGACGACCAUUGUCUACUUCAUCUUCCGUUUCAACAAUUACUACCAUUGAUCCCGUUUUUAGGCAACCUGCUCAAAUGACACCCAGGCAAGAUAGUUUUCCUGUAACUAAUCUGUCUACCAUAGAAUCAUCCACUACAACUUCAUUCGCGACCCCUGCUGCAUCAUUGACUAUGCCGUUGUCCCGAACUUUAUCAAAUCCUUCAUCACCUGGUGCUCAAGAUUUAUCGGGAAGUGUCAUGAUUCACACAGCAGAUCCGAAUAAUGAUUAUACCAAUGAAUUUUUAGAAGAAGAAAUGACUAAUAGUCUAGAGCAAAGUAAUGAGCUUUCGCUAAGUGACAAACUGGCUCAAUUGAAUACUCAAGCUUAUCCUGCUUUCUUACCGGUGGGACUUAAUCCACUGGGUACAGAUCCCUAUGAUGAAGGUUUAC